UACGUAUGAAAAAUGAUUAACGCAAUAUCAACGAACAACGAGCCGAUUGUUUUACGUUGGCAGCAGGGUGACAUGAUAGUCAUUCAUACUUCCUUCGGCUGGCGAUUGGCGAUAAAGUCGUGAUGCCGUCGCUCCUCUCAGAGAAGCCAAAUACAAAAAGAGUGGCUGAGUUUACUGGAAUGAGCGAGUGGCAACUAGGAAUGGCCGUGUCCACAGCUCUGCCAUGCCACCCUCCGUCCUCCCUCGGCCAGCCGAAACUCGAAGGGCAGAACGGCCAAGCCCACCAAAGGACACUCUCUCUCUUGAAAGGAUGCAAAACCAUCGAAGAAUUCAAGCAGAUUCAAGCUGUCAUCAUCAAGACCAACCUCCAGAGCGAUGUUCCAUCCGUCACCAGGCUCAUCCGCUUCUGCUCCUUCACUCUUCCCGAUGCCUUAGACUUCGCUGUCCACCUGUUCGAGCAAAUCUCCCAACCAGAUGUUAUCCUCUUCAACACAGUGAUGGGUGGCUAUGCCCGCACCAGCUGCCCCAUUCGUGCUGUCUCUCUCUUCGCCCGUAUGCGUGAAUCGGACUUGCUUCCUGAUCACUACUCCUUCCCUUCUGUACUCAAGGCGUGUGCCAAUGCAACUGCCCUCAAAGAAGGCGAGGCCAUUCAUGGCCUUGUUAUCAAGCUUGGGUUGGACGACAACGUGUAUAUUCUUCCUACUUUGAUCAAUAUGUAUGCAGAUUGUGAACAGAUUCUGUCCGCACGCAAAGUGUUUGAUAAAAUGCCUGAGAGAAGAGAAGUUGUUUCUUUCAACUCCAUGAUCACUGCUUACGCUCGGAACAGCCAGCCGAAUGAAGCGUUGGCACUGUUUCGGGAAAUGCAGGCGUGCGAUGAUAUGAAGCCAACGUAUGUUACUCUGCUUAGCGUGCUUUCCUCUUGUGCCCUGUUGGGUGCCCUUCAGCUUGGAAAAUGGGUUCAUGAGUAUGUUAACAAGAAUGGAUUUGAUGUGAAUGUAAAGGUCAACACAGCGUUGAUUGACAUGUAUGCCAAAUGUGGGAGCAUAGAUGACGCAAAACAGGUUUUCGACCAAAUGCCGCAGAGAGAUACACCGGCUUGGUCUGCCAUGAUUGUGGCUUUUGCUAUUCAUGGGCAUGGAAGAAGUGCGCUCUUGCUCUUUGAGGAGAUGCAGAGAAAAGGCAUGCUGCCAGAUAACAUCACGUUCCUCGGCGUUCUCUAUGCCUGUAGCCAUACUGGCUUGGUGGAGGAAGGUCGCCGGUACUUUGAUAGCAUGUCAAGAGUGUAUGGGAUCGAGCCAGGGAUUAAACACUACGGCUGCAUGGUGGAUCUUUAUGGUAGAGCAGGGCUUCUAGACGAAGCAUAUGAGUUCGUCCAAAGCUUACCGAUCAAGCCCACACUUAUACUGUGGCGCACUUUGCUAGCUGCCUGCGCUGUUCAUGGCAAUGUAGAGUUGGGCAAACACGUGGUCGACCAUAUUUUUGAAGUACAACGCUCCCACAGUGGAGACUAUGUGAUCUUAUCGAACAUGUGUGCUGCUGCUGGAAGAUGGGACGAUGUGAAGGCAAUUAGGAAGCUUAUGAAAGAGAGGGGUAUUACUAAAGUACCUGGUUGUAGUUCAAUCGAGAUCGAUAACGCAGUUCAUGAAUUCUUCUCAGGGGACGGAGAACACCCUCACUCCAGAAAGCUUCAUGGGAUGCUAGAUCAAUUGGUUGAGCAAUUGAAAUUGGUAGGAUAUGUGCCUGACACGUCCCAGGUGUACCAUGCAGAUAUGGAGGAGGAAGAAAAGGAGGCAACGCUUCGGUACCAUAGUGAGAAACUGGCCAUUGCUUAUGGGUUGCUGAAUACCCCUCCUGGGACUACGAUUCGUGUUGUAAAAAAUCUUCGUGUUUGUGGGGAUUGCCAUUCUGCCGCAAAGUUUAUCUCCUUGGUCUUUAAUCGUGAGAUCGUUUUAAGGGAUCUUAACAGAUUCCAUCACUUCAGGAAUGGAACUUGUUCAUGUGGAGAGUACUGGUAGAUCAGUCUGAGGCUGGUUCUAUUGUUUGCAACUCUCAGUGCACCGUUAGCCAUGCAUAUCUCCCGAGUCCUGAAGCGAGUUUGAUGUUUUAAUUGUGGCUUCUGAAGGUACUGCAGAUCAUAUACUGCUGAGAGGAGCAGAAUUAGCUUGUAUUCUUUUUUCGUGUAAUUUAGAAUAAAAAUGGAGCUCAAUAUGUUGUUUCUGCCUCACUGCAAGCAAUAGGGUCAUUUUUAUUAUUCAUAUUUUGGUACUUUAGAAUAAAAAGGAGUGGAAAAUGUUGUUGACUGGAUGAGGAAAUUUUUGAAAUAAUUCCCAUCCUUGAUGUCAAUAAGUACGAUUUUGUUGCUGUAUCUAUUUCGUUUAUCUAAUGUCAGCUAUGGUGGUAAU